AUGACCAUCGUGAAAAGCAAUCCAACAGAGGCCACCAAUCCCGCGGAUAAUGCAAAAUCGCCACUGUCAUCUUCAUCGUCAUCCUCAUCAUCUUCCGACUCGGACGAUGGGUCGGAUUCGUCGAGCGAUUCCGAUUCCUCGUCGGCGUCCACCAGCAAAACCAGCAGCAAGCAGAGUAGUGGCGGGUUACCAUCUGAAAAAUCCCAGCAAUUCAGUGUUAUGAGCUCCGAUAGUGCCGGACUUCGAAUGAAAAUAGCUAUUCCUCGAAGCCAAUCCAAUGCGACGCCAACGCCUUCUCCAACGUCGAUCGGGUCAACCCAGCAGCAGCUUCCAUCUCCUUCGAGUGCUGGAGAGAGGAAACCGAAGCUUGACGAGAUCGUUUGUACCGAAUCAACAGUUGCAUCGUUGGGCAGUUCCUCCGCAACAGGACCAGUUUCUAGUGGAUCGGCUGCUAAUAAGGGUUCGGUGGAAGCUUCCUCCAAGCACGGUGGGACCAGUGCUAUGAGGAAAAAGAGUGCCAUGGUGGAUGGGACAAUCCGGGGUAGGACAACUGGUCUUCAGGCUUCUUCCGAUGGUACCAAUUCGUUGAAAGGCUCCGGAAGCGGCAAGUCAGGCAAAACGGUUGAUAAAGUAGGAUCGGCGCGUGGAAGGCCUUCGCCUCUGAAACCUGCCAAACGCCAGGCAUCUGGAAAUGGAGAAAGUGCUGCUAGUCGCCGGAAAAAAAUCCCCAGCGAAAGUGACUCUAGCUCGCCAAGCUCGUCCUUUGCGUCCUGCUCAAGUAAUAGCGAUAGCGAUACGAGUAGCUCUGCUGACGAGAACAAUAGCAAUCAUCGUACUAAUGAUAAAACUAAGCCAGCGGGACGAAACACGAAUUCUAGGACAUUGUCAACGACGGGAACUGGUAGCUCUGCGACAUCCGGCAAGAAGCAAAAGAUUCUUAAACGAAAAAAGGCAAGUCGAACAGUGACGUCUAGUAGCAGCGACGAGGAGGACGAAGAUGAACCCUCCGCAGCCCGUAGCGGGAACAGAGGUGGCGGAGCGAAUCGGUCGAACGAAUUCAGCUCGUCCGACUCCAGCUCCUCCGAUGAGGACACAAAGGGCUUUUCGGUGUCUCGAUCGAAGGUUAAAAUGUCCGCUUCCAAUUCCUCUGCUUCAAAAAGUAGCGCUUCAACAUCGGCUUCCGGAAAGGAUGGUGGAUUGCUGACGGUUGUUGAUGCUGGGAUCUCCCUCGGCAGGCCCCCACUUAUGACUUCGACACCAGCAAAGCAGGGGCCAUCGCUACCGUCUACCCUCGGUAGUGUAUUGUCAGGUGCUGAUGGUGGAUUGACGGCUGAGGGAGGCUCCUGUUCGAGUGAUAAUGAAUUACCGGCCCUAGUCAGUGCAGCUAUUCGCCGGGUGGAAAGUGGCUCCGAUGCAGAGAGCAUUCGUGGCCUAUCCGCCCCCACGCAGCAGUACACCUCGAGCCUACUUCGAGACUUUGUCGUUAAAACGCAAAUGCUCGGUUCGGUUGGCGGCAGUGGUGCUCUAGUUGGAAGUAAUGGUGCAUCGACGAGCGGAGCGCCAAUCAGUGGAACCAGCGGGCAAUGCUCACCGUCAUCAUCCUCGUCGUCGUCGUCUUCCUCGGGGUCGUCUUCAUCGUCCUCAUCAUCGGUGGAGGAAGGUGCCGAUCCGCCAAUAGGAAGCAUAGGACCCGGUCCUGGUGGUGGUGGAUCGGAGUUGAUGGCACGCAAAAUUAAGACUGAAUCUCCCGUACCUUCACCGGGAGCGCUCGUUGCAACUGGUCGGAACACACCGAUUGUUAAUGGCGUUACCGGAGGCAAAAAAUCAAAUCAACAGGCCCCACCCGCUCCAACUGCAAAGCGACGUGGUCGCCCACCGAAAUCCAGCUUGGCAAGUGGAUCCUCCGCAUCGGUCGCAUCCAUGAGGACAGCAGGUUCUGCGAAGGCAGUCACUAUUCCGUGCAUUCCGAUCAUUAGUGAAUCGCCCGAUUCUGGCAUUCUUUCCACGCAUAGCUCCAGCGGUUCACCAAAGACCGACAAAGCGAGAACGUCCUCAUCUAACGCGGGACCUCACGUGGGAGCGGGACCAAGCUCUUCCACGACGCGACGUAGUAAAUCGGAAGCACGCAGUGACCCUGUCGGAACUAAUGCCAUACUAUCCACAGGAGGGUCUGUCUUUGGCGAAAAUCCGUUGCAACCUGCACUCUCUGCCGUAAGCAGCCGAGCAUCGACCAAGUCCUAUUCGCUUUCGUCCUGCCUCGAUCGGAAUACAUACGCUACCGAGCGGGUCCUGUAUCCACCGCGUGCCGUUAAGAAACGAGGCGUUGGAAGACCGCCGAAAAAGGGUGACCCCUCGUUGCAACUGACGUCAUCUUCCAGUGCUGUAAACGAGCUGUUGAGUCCGGGAGCCUCUGCUGCUGCGCAAGCCGACGAUCGGCUAGAUCCUCACUGGCAGAAGAUCGAUAUAAGCAAGAAAUUUCAUGAACCGCGUCUUAGUGGCUACAAAAGCGAUGGGGGCCAUUCGACCAUUUGCUGCAGCAAGCGACUCGCUUCCCAGAGUGGCUACAUUAGCGAUUAUGGGGGCGUCGGUGCAAGCAGCGGACGUAGUAGGUUGUCUGGCUACAAAUCGGACUACAGCGUCCGUUCGCGACGCAGCUGCGGCCGUGGCAAUGGAAGCGGAUACCGGAGUGAUUAUAGUAGAGCGAAAAGUUGUGGCUAUCGUAGCGAUUGCAGUACACGCCAUCGGAAGCAAGUUCGGCGAAAACGGCGCAAGAAGGUAUCGCAGCAGCAACAGCCGCACCAGCAGGAUAAGCAGGAACAUCAUCACAACAAUAAUCUCACCGAUCGCAAAAACUACAAUGCAUCUAGCGAUGGUGGCGGUGGUAGCAGUGUGAAAUCGGCUAGUGUCGGUGAACUGGAAAUCAUGUUCAUGGCCGGGCUUACGUUAGGAAGUACAAGCGACGAGGAUAGCAGCAGCACAAGUAGCAGCACUAGUAGCAGCAGUAACAACAGUGUCGAAAGUCGAGAAUCCUUCUUUUCAGCAGCCUCCCGAGAAGGAGGGAAUCAAAGAGGAGGAACUAGUAAGGCGAAACGAAUGCCUUUGGAAAAGGGAAAGAAAGCGACCGUGGCCAAAAAGGAGCCGGUGAAACCUUCUCCGUCGCAGAAAACAUCACGCAAACCAACGCCACCCAAGGUUGCAUCUCCGGUGCCACCACGAGGGAUGAAAGUCACAGAUAAAGGACGACCACGAGGAAGGACAGUGGCAACGGCUGCCGAGCGUAAACAGAAGGUAUUUAAUCUGACAGAAGACACGAACACCAUCCAGCACGAAGUACUAGAGAGAGAACAAAUGGAACAGCGAACGGGAAGCAGAGCCCGUCGAAAGUCCGUCUCUUGCUUAAAGCAAACUACGAAACCUUCUGUCGCGGCGACGGCUUCCGUGGCACUUAAGCAAAAGUCUUCCGCAGCAGCUGUAAAGAAACCGGCUACACGAGGACGGCCACCUGCGGUUAAGAAACAACCGGGCGCGACAGGAGCACCGACCUGCGCAUCGACCGAUCGGCAAACGGUAGACAGUUUGAAUGUUCUGUUGGCGCCACCCAAGCGCCACCGCGUGCUGCCGAGCAACAAUUUCGACCAGGUGUUUGCGUCGAUGAGCAGUAAACACCUUACUCCAGGAUCGGUAACCAGAGACGGACGGAAGCCGACGAUUUUUAGCUUUUCCAGCUCAACCGUGGCACCAAAUAACGCCUUUGCGGCGUUUUUGUUGCGCGGAGCAAAGGAGGGCGACUUGAAAGAUGACGGAGAGAUCGGUGGUGAGCUGCUGUCGGUGAAGAAGCUUCCGUUGUCGAAAGCGAACGUGAUCAAAAACUCGGAGGAGUGCAACCGAAGGUUUCAGAAAUCGAACUCAUCCUUCGCGCUGUCCUUUGGCGGAGGCAUCGGUACCAUAGCGGGUUCGGUCGACCUAUUAGCACGGAUUGCGGAUGGAACCAUCCCGAAAGCAUCACCUGCGAAGUCGGUAUGCUCAAAGCGCAGUCGCAGGAAGAGCUGCAUGAGCGACCGGUUGGAGGUGAUGUCGGUGAAGAGUUACGGGGCUUGCGGCAAGAUUCGGCAACGACGCUUAAGCACCAUGAGCCGAUGUAGCAGCCGGUCGGCAGGAUCUAAACAUGCCACCGCGCGGAUGAGGCGGCGUAGGAAGCGCUUACGCUCAAUGUCUGUCGUUCCGGGUGCCACACCCGGAAGCCUGUCGGCUGCUGGCGCUGGCAGCAGUGUCCCUCUCGCAGGGACUGCUGUUUCCUCGAGCCUGGAUUCGAAAAUCAACGUCGAGAUUGAUCGGUUGAGUGAAAGCUUCGGUGGGAUGUGUCGAAUCGGUGGAGGCAAUGACGCUGGUCCAUCUUCUGCUGGACGGUCACUUAGUCCACCGGAGGAAACGAAUUCUUCCAGUACACCAUCAACGUUGGUACCGGCCGGGAAAGGAGGACAUCAAACGAAACGCUCGGUGAAGAAACGAAAGGCUUCGGAACAUGUCACCGACUCGCCAUCGACAACCGGGAGUGGAGCGGCCUCGGGAAGUGGUGGUGUAGGAGGUACAGGAGGCGCUGCAGGUGGUACGGGCAAGCGGCGCAACAAAAAGUCCGCUCCAACGCAGAGUCCUGACGAUCACAAAUUGCCACUGAAAAAGCGACACUAUCUGCUUACACCAGGCGAGAAAGGUAACAAUAGUGACAAUAAUAGCGGCGUUGAUGAAGCAAAAUCCGCAAACGCAGCCAGUGGAUGUGGAAUAGGUGGCCCAGGAGGUGGAAAAGGUGAACCGGAAACCAUUACGUUGAGUGCGGUUCUCUCCGGAAGCCACUCGGUGUUGAAUCCUUGUGCGUUUUCGAGUGGUCGAUUGCAGGCGAACGCCACGGGAGCAGCUGGUUCGUCGCUUGCCGGUGCAGUUACGAAAGCAGUGACACCCAAGAAGCGCCAUUUGCUUAAAUCUCCUGAACCAGGGCCCCUGCUGGCGGAUAGUGAGCUUCCGCUGCAGCAAAUAAAAUCCAGUGAUUCUCCGCUAACGAUCGCCAACGGGAGUGGUUCGAGUAAUAUUCUGAACACCAGCAGCUCGUCAUCGGAAGGACCGGUUGGUGGCGGUGGCGGUAGGAAGGGAAUGAACGAGACAGCCGGGGCAAGUCCCUCAGCAGGCAGCGGAAGCUCAAUCGGUACUGGUUCCGGUGGCAGCAAGAAGAAACAUCAUCGCCAGCAGGAAGGGCACUCUGCAUCGUUGCAAUCAUUGCCAAAUAGGGACCGUCAAGGGCACUUCACGGGAUCAGGAGGAGGUUCUUCGCUGCAGAGCGGAGCUGGCGAUAGUAGCAGCAUGGCGACAAGCCACCAUCACCACCAUCGCCCGUCUGUUAUUCAAUCGUCAGCCUCCGUGCUACCAACGGCGACCACCUCCAGGGUGUUUUCGAACUCACCAACUGGUCCUCCACCAGGCGUUUUUGAACCUACGGUUGAUUUGGAGCUUGCCAUCCCACCGGCCGCUUCCAUCCCGUCGCUCAUCGCUAAGGUUGAAAUGCUCGAUUCACCACGGCUCAGCAAGGACACCGGAGGCGCCAUAGGAUCAUCAGGUGUCGCAACGAAGCUAGAAUCCGACGAACUAAUCGUAUUGACGGUAGGCCAGAGGAAGGCUGUCGGAGGAUCGGGUGCCGGUAGCGGAGGUUUGCUGUCCACCAUCACCACCAUUCCAUCGUCCUCCGAGAAAGUGCUCGAAAAGUUGCUUACCAAAACGGGCGCCCAUCAUUUGCUGUUGAAGAAAAAACGCAAAAAACCCAACCGCACUGGCUUUCCCACGGUGAAGAGGAAGAAGAAGAAGGUACCGGAAUGCGGUCCCCUUGAUGAUGCCGCCGGGCUGGAAACGAUGUGUGCUAUCAUUUUGAAGCCGGAAGUUGGACCAGACCUGUUCGACUCUUCGAAUCUUACGCGACACGUGCCGUCCGAGCAGGAAAAGACGAAAAUGAGGGAAAAACAGCAGCAACCACAAGCGGGUUCGGGUGUGGAGAAUUGCGAUCGAGUACCGAAAGAAGGUGAACCAACGGAUCGUUUCAUCGAACGGCACUCGGGUGUGGGGCGACCGCGUCUGUCCGUGGUCAGCUUGGAGAAGCUCCAGGGAAAGCUUCCUUUGGCAACGGGUAGUCGCGAGGUAGCUACGACUCCGCCGGCUACGGGUGGUCGAGGACGAAAGUCUGUGAUCAAUCCACUGGCACCGGAGCAUCAGCUAACGCAUCGAUCGCACGACAGAACCCGCAAGGACGACACAGCGCCGACUUCCGGUGGUCGAAAAGGAAAGAAAAGACAAGACACGUCCAAAGCGCUGGUUACAGAUACGAGCAGUAAGCGCAAUUCUUCGAUGGAAACCGACGGUCAAACGACGAAGGAGAGAAAUCGCAGCAAAAGCGUUUCAACGAUUUCGGAUUAUCAGCUCCCGAACAUCGUGCGGUUGAGCGAAUCCUUAGCGAGAGGAACGACGAGGGAAAACAAGGAAAACAACAAGCUUAAUUCCGGGAGGCCUUCUUCGGUUGCCGGUAAGAAAUCGAUGGCCAAAGAACCGAUCGCGAGCACAGACGCUUUGGCCAUAUCACUGGAACUGGAUGGCGUGAUUCGUCGAACUCGCAGUUCCUCGGUGGCGCUUGAUUCUAUAGAAGUGAAAAAGCUGCAACACGAUGCAGAUUAUGUUGGCAGCGAGAAAUACGCAGUCCAACCGACCACACCGACGCGGAUGUCCUCCGGAACGAGCCAUGGAGUACAUCCGGCACUCUACAAUGAGGACUCGACGUCACUCGACUCGAUGCCACUGCUGAAGCGCAUCCAUUCGCGGUCCCUCUCCCGCAUGCAGUACGUCAUCACUCCGACGGUGCUAUUGGAACCGCUGGCCACAUCACCGAAAACUCCCGGUCGGCCAAGAGGUCGACCACGGACUACUUCACCCAUCACGGCCACAGAAACACCGCAAUCUCCCAGCACUCCGACACGCGGCCGCCCCCGCACGGCUCUUGCCAUUACCAGCAAUUCUCCGACCACUUCUAACGAUCGUGCGUCAUCGACACCGUUGCCAUCACCAACGACAAGCCCGACGGUUGGUGCGAGAAAGAAGCGAGACGGUCGGAAAUCAGUUCCUACCGACAUGGAGACCAUUCUUGGGGAGCAGAUCGAAAGUGCCCGACUCGCUACGAGAACCACUCCAUCGAAGUCCGUAACACCUACACCUCCGGUCGGUUCCAUCGUGGCGCCGGCGAGGCUGAAGCGCGGAAAAAGUGACGAAACGCUGCGAGCACAAAAGCACUCCGAAAAGCCGACUAAGAAGCUACGGAAGGAUAACGGAGUAGAACCGUGCGAAUCGGACAGCUCUCCGAUUGUGGAACCUGUUGAUCCGGAAGAAACGGCACACGCGUUACAGCCGGCUUGCUCGGUCGAGGAGAUUGAGCACGAUCCGCUUCCACCGGACGAAGGGCCUUCGGACUUCUUACGACUAGCCGAGACUCCCUCACCGACGUCUUCCGCGGAAACGCGUGAAUCCGUUUCCGGAGCAGGGACUCGUACUGCGAGCAGGAAGCAGCCCCGCAAAAAGUAUAUCACGGCGGGUCUCUUCUCCGACUGCUACAAGGACGAUGGUACCAACGGUGAAGGCGGUUCGAGUGGUCGUUCCGCACCAAAAACACCACCGGAAACGUUACUUCCACCACCGGCGUACUGCGAGCGUUUUCUGCGGCGCACGGUGCGUGACUUCCAGCUGCCGUACGAUGUCUGGUGGCUGCAGGAAAAUGGAAAACUUCCGGGAAGGAACACGGUGCCAAGCUGGAAUUAUCGCAAAAUUCGCACGAACGUGUACUAUGACGUGAAGCCAAAUCCUUCGACGGAUAACCCGCAGUGCAACUGUAAACCGGAUAGUGGCUGCCAGGACGACUGCCUUAACCGGAUGGUGUACACCGAGUGUGUACCGGAACACUGCCCUUGCGGUGACCGCUGCCGGAACACGAGCAUCCAGCGGCACGAGUAUGCGCCAGGGCUGGAGCGGUUCAUGACGGAGGAGAAGGGCUGGGGCAUCCGAUCGAGGGAAUCGAUACCGAAAGGAUCCUUCAUUAUGGAGUAUCUGGGUGAAGUUGUGACGGAACGGGAGUUCAAGGAACGAAUGCGAACGCUUUACCUGAACGACACGCACCAUUACUGUCUAAACCUGGACGGUGGUCUGGUGAUCGAUGGCCAUCGGAUGGGCAGUGAUUGUCGUUUCGUGAACCACUCUUGUGCUCCGAAUUGCGAGAUGCAAAAGUGGUCCGUGAACGGGUUAUUUCGGAUGGCGUUGUUUGCGUUGCGCGAUAUACCGUCCAACGAGGAGCUCUGCUACGAUUACAAUUUUAGCCUGUUCAAUCCGUCCGAGGGUCAACCUUGCCGGUGUGGGUCGGAGCACUGCCGCGGUGUGAUCGGCGGGAAGUCGCAACGCAUCAAACCGAUGCCAAUCGGGACGUCCGGGUGUGGUAGCGUGGGCAUCGAUUCUAGGCGUAAUCCUUCCGAGACCGAAGCCGAUCCUAGUAAAGGUACCAGUAACGGCACCGGUGGAGUUGGAGGACCUUCAGACGGAUCUUCCACUGCGGGCAAUGGUACGGGAAGUGGUGGCGCGCUGGUGGUCGAGCUGAGUCCGCGUAGCGCCGCAAGAUCGCGUAAACGACAGGCGAAGAAAAAUCAACCUAUUGUGCACCUGAACGGAACACCCCUACCAACGUUUCAUCCUCCGACGGUCAAGGAGCGUAGUCUGAUCGCGGAACAUCACUGCUUUUUGUUGCGUAACCUGAAUAAAAUUCGGCGGCAGAAGGAGCGUUCGGGAGCGAUGGUACCGCCAGGAGGUGCCAAUGCCGGUGCUACCGGAGCACCUGGCGUCGAAGGUGGACAAGGAACCUCCACCGGGGGAGCAAAUGAACCCACGGGCGCAGUCAAGCCUUCGUUAGCCUCUCAAAUCUCGGCCUUGCGCUGUCCGCGCAACAUUCGCACACGAGGCCUUGCGUUCGUUGAGGACGAUCCGGAGCUGGAGAAAACGGCCCGUAUUGCUGUGGCGCUGAAGGACAUAUGCGUUGAAAUUGCCACUCUAAAGGAUGAAAAAGGGUUGCCUUUCAUCAACAAACUGCAGCUGCCGUCGAAGAAGAAGACCCCCUUGUACUACGAGCGCAUCCCGAAGCCACUGGAUUUGGGCCAGAUCGAAACGAAUAUCGAGCAGGGCGCGUACCGGAUGCCGAAAACGUUCGAGGACGACCUGCUGAUUAUGCUCAGCAAUGCGAUCAAGUAUUACGGUAUCGGAUCACCGGAAGGUGUCGCCUCGGAAGCUCUCAAGUCGCACUAUUACGCCUGCAAACAGCAACAGGUACCCAAACUGCAGGCCUACAUCGGCGAGGAGAACGAGCUGUUGCGUGGUUUCGUCCCUAAAAAGGAGCCGGAAGAUGAUGCGGGAGCACCUAAACCGAAGCGUGGUCGUCGACAGGAACAACCAGAGGACAUCAUCCGCUGCAUUUGCGGCUUGUUUAAAGACGAAGGCCUAAUGAUACAGUGUUCCAAGUGUCUCGUGUGGCAGCACAUCGAGUGUACCAAGGCGGAUCCGGCCGUAGAGAACUACCUGUGCGAAAAGUGUGAUCCUCGUGAGGUUAACUACGAGAUCCCGCUGAACGAGUUCACGGAGGAAGGUUACCAGUACUACGUUUCGUUAAUGCGGGGCAAACUGCAGAUCCGACAGACGGACACGGUGUACGUGCUGCGUGACAUACCGAUGGCACCGGAUCCAGCGGAUCCAGAUGCACCAGUGCGGAAGCACACGUACGAAACGAUCGGCAAGAUCGAGUACAGCGAGUGUGACAUCUUCCGUGUGGAGAGCCUGUGGAAGGAUAAGGAAGGUCGUCGGUACGUGUAUGGGCAUCACUAUCUGCGACCGCACGAAACGUACCACGAACCGACACGCCGUUUCUAUCCGAACGAGGUGAUGCGCGUGCCGUUGUAUGAAGUGAUCCCGAUCGAGCUGGUUGUAGACCGAUGCUGGGUGCUCGAUCCAAUCACUUUCUGCAAGGGACGACCAGUUGACAGCUCCGAACCGCACGUGUACAUCUGCGAACUGCGUGUGGACAAGAGCGCGCGGCUAUUCUCGAAGAUUUCCCGACACUCGCAUCCGGUUUGCAUGAAAUCGUACGCUUUUCACAAGUUUGAACAGAAGCUUAAGAUUGCGAAAACCUUUGCGCCGCAUGAUUUGGGUUCGUUAGCUCAUCUGCUCUCGAUACGAGACAGGCAAAAGAAAGGAUCUAAAAAGGAUGACAGCAGUGUCGUCGGGCACGGUGGCAAUGUGAGCACAAGCUCAGUCAGUGGGUCCGGUUUCGGCAAUACUGCAAGCAGCUACUCAUCCGGAUCGAAGAAGAUGACACCGAUCGUACAGCUGUUGCCACCGCCACCGAAGACGGACUUGGGCACAGAACGAACCCUUGGGGUUAAGCCUGCGACGCGUGAGGCGCAGCCGAGCAGAACCAAGACGCUAGCGGAGAAACGUAACCGCCUGGAGCAGGUGCUGUCGCGGCUUAUGCAGAAACUAAACCUCAAUCCGAACGCUUUGCCAACGGUGGACAUCUCUUAUCUGCUGACAGGACGCGGCGCUCGGUUGCGACGGACCAACAACUCUACGCCGGUCCCGGUUAUUUGA